AUGGUUGCCAACCAUGCAGACCCCAAAGAGCCGACAUACUCGACGCCCCAGGCAGAGAGGAAGGCCAAAGAAAUCCAUACUACUAUGAAAUAUUACGGAGGUGAUCCCAGCAUACCUCUAGAGCCAACAAUCAUUGGGGGCCCUGAGCCUCCCAAAUUCGCGCCCAAGGUUGAUUCACCUGUGAUAGUCACCGACGUCACAGGCAUCGAGGAUAAGUUCAAGCUCAUGAAACAUGGCUUUCAAUACGUGAAGCAUAAGACUCGUUUCGAGGCUGUCCUUCCAGAGUUGAAGAACCGAGAUGGGGCCUUGGAACCGCUCGAUGAGACCACAAAGGCCCACUACGAUGAGAUGCACGAGUUUUUGGAGGAAGUUUUAUCUCAACAGGAAGAUCUACCCAAACCUUCACUCAUUCGAGUUCUGAUGCACACCAACCGUGUAUCUCAAGUGGGACAGAAAGGAACUCUGGGUCCUAUCUACAACGUUCACGUUGAUCAGUCUGCAUCUGCUGCCGAACCACUUGCGAUUCGGUGGCUGGGUCAUGAUGCACCUGAACUCCUGGCCAAACCACGUUUUCAAAUUAUCAACAUGUGGCGCCCUUGCAAGCCGAUCACCCGCGACCCGUUCGCCGUGUCAGAUGCUACAACCAUCCCGGACAAGGACUACAUCAAGGUCCCAUUCAUCUACCCCAACAGGACCUCUGAAUUGUUGGAAGUGUGCCCAGCAUCAGACCCCGAGAAGCCUCACCGCUGGUAUUUCAAAGACAACCAGCAAACAGACGACGUGGUGCUUUUCAUUCAAGCCGACACAACCAAGCGACCGGGGGUUGUGAGACGUUGCCCUCAUGCAGCAUUCAAAGAUCCGCGAUUGGAUGAAGCAAAGCUAGACCCUAGGGUUAGCAUUGAGAUUAGGGCCAUGGUAUUUUAUGACCAUGAUGACUACGAGGAGGAGGCCGGGGCAGAGUCGGGCCAGGAUAAUGAAGAGAAGUUUUAA